GUGAUCUGCAGCUACCAUGGCGUCCUACAUUGGCAGCAAGUCUCGCAGCACGGCAGCCUUGAUGCUGCUUCUUGUCAUAACCAUGAUGGGCCACAUCUUCGUCGAGGUCGAGGCCCGGAACCUGUUGGCUGGAAGCUACGGCGAGGAGGCCAUGAAGGAGAGGCACCACAAAUGGAUGGCGAAGCACGGCCGCGCCUACAGCGGCGAGGCAGAGAAGGGCCACCGGUUCCAGGUAUUCAAGGCCAAUGCCGCUUUUGUUGACAGAUCCAACGCUGCAGCUGGCAAGAAGUAUCACCUGGCGAUCAACGAGUUCGCCGACAUGACCAGCGACGAGUUCAUGGCCAUGUACACUGGCUUCAAGCCAGUGCCGACCGGGGUCAAGAAGAUGCCCGGUUUUAUCUACGGGAACGUUACACUGUCAUCAGAUGACCAGCAAACGGUUGACUGGAGACAGAAAGGUGCAGUCACCGGUGUCAAGAACCAGGGCCACUGUGGUUGUUGCUGGGCUUUCUCUGCGGUCGCUGCCUUGGAGGGCAUCCAUCAGAUCUCUACCGGCAACCUGGUCUCGCUGUCCGAGCAACAGGUGCUGGACUGCUCCACGGACGGGAACAACGGCUGCAACGGCGGUUUCAUGGACAACGCCUUCCAGUACAUCAUCGACAAUGGCGGCCUUACCACCGAGGACGCCUACCCUUACAACGCUGCACAGGGCAUGUGCCAGUCCGUCCAGCCGACGGUCACGAUCAGCGGCUACCAGGACGUGCCCAGCGAAGAUGAGGCAGCGCUCGCCGCAGCCGUUGCCAACCAGCCAGUUUCCGUGGCUAUCGACGCUCAUAACUUCCAGUUCUACAGUGGCGGUGUGUUGACCGGAGACAGCUGCGGCACGGACCUGAACCAUGCGGUGACGGCAAUAGGGUACGGCACGGCGGAGGAUGGGAGCCCGUAUUGGCUGCUCAAGAACCAGUGGGGGCAAAACUGGGGCGAGGGAGGAUACAUGAGGCUCGAGAGGGGCACCGGCGCCUGCGGUGUUGCUAAGAAAGCCUCCUACCCGGUGGCAUGA